UCGCAGAGAGGGAAGACGGUGUUAAUCAUUGUAGUGGGCCUGGGAGCCUUACGCAGGGGUGGGACCCUUUUAAAGCAGAAGGCUUUUGUGUGGUGUGGUGCGGUCACACUCGUUUUUUUUUCUCGAUUUCCUUUUUAGUUUUCUUCUUUUUAGAUUUCUAAUUCGUUAAUUUUCAAUCAUUCUCUCUCUCUCUCUCUGUCUAUAUCUAUCAGAGUUGAUAUUUUUCAAUAUUCUUUUGUAAAUUUUCAAUCGUAGUCUCCUCCUCCUCCUCUCUCGUUCUGAGAAAGAAAAAAGGAGAAAAAAAGGAUACCUUUUUCAUUCUCAAUUCUGGGGUUCUGACCAUUUGUAGUUUCCUCCUCUCCUCUGCGUCUUUACUCCUUUGCUGAACCAGGUCUGUUGCUUCUCCCUUUUGCGCCAAUUGGGCUGCAUAUUCUUUUAUAAUUUCUCCAAUUUUUCGGGUUUUGUUUUAUUUACUGUAGACAAAAAUACAAAAUCUGCCUCUGUUAUUUAUUUUUGUGGUUUUCUUUUUUCUUUUAAUGGCCUCUGUACAUCUGUUUAAGUGAAAUUUCUUGGGUUCUUUUGGUUGCUGGUGGAUCUCUGAUUUUUCAGGGCAUUUCUGUGGAUUUGAUCAUGUUGUCUUUUUAGGGCUUCUACUGUUGGAACCGACGGUUUGAGGGUUUCUCUUUGUUUCUCUCUUCUUGGGGGAGUUUGGGGUAUUGGGAAUCGGGUUUCUGGGACUGGUAAAGAGGGGGAUUGCAGUUCUCUUUCAUGGGUUUCAUUGUCUGAUGGCUACUAUAGAGAGUUGAAUCAUAAGAGAGAAGAGGGGAAUUGUGUGUUGCUCAUAUAACAAUUUAUCUUCCUCCUUUUCCCCAUAUUUCGGUGUUGAGUUUCGACCUUCGAGUUCAUCUGUCUUUGGUCUUCUUUUCCCCCCCUCAAGGUUGGAAUUUCUUUGAGUGACGGUAAACCAGGGAAAGGUUGGAAUUUCUUCUCUGCAUCAGGCAUUUCGGUGUUGAGAUAAUUGAGAGUCACAAAGGGGAUUCAUUUGCUUCAUUAUCUUGUCAUUCGAGGCGUCUGGUGUUCUUACUUAUGACGGGAUAUCCUUGUCUUAUUUGGAGAAAUUGAGCAGUUGGGCUACUUUGCUUGGUUCCAAAAUAUCCAUUUUGGAACUACAGUAAUUGGUGGGGGAGGAUGGAGGAGGAGAUCGUUCCUUCGGAACAAAGUGAGCUUUUGCAUUUUGUGAAUGGAAGCAAUUCUGAAGAUCCCUUAUGUGCAGAAAUGGAAACUGAUGGAAAUGGAAUUGGAAAUGCUAAAGAUGAUGGAGAGUUAUUCUCAUCUGAAAAAGGUGAGGGAAGUAAUGUUGUUUUCUCACGGGAAGCACCUCUGAUGAACAAAGAUCCCAGAAUGUCCGGUGGCUGUAGUUGCAGUGUCAGGAAACCCAAGUCAAGGACAUCUGCAGCAGAUUUUGAUAUCUACAAAAAGGAUAAAAACGGGCAUGACAAGAAGUUCAGUAGACAAGACAGGAUUGAGUUGGGCAGAAUGUUUCAGAGUGCACUAAACUCUCAUGACUGGGAGCUUGCAGAGAGUCUGAUUCUGUUAGCAGACCCCCAAACUCUUAAUGAUGCAUUGUGUAUAACGUUGGAUUCCAUCUGGUUCUUGAGCACUCAACAGGAGUUACAUGGCAUAACAGGUUUGAUCAAGAAGAUCAUUGCCAAUGGUGCUUAUGACUUCACAAGAGCAGCUCUGAGGACUUCAUUUCUUGCAUCCUGUGUCUCUGCCUGUCAGAGCCGGACAAUGAGUUUAGCAGAUACGGUGACUAUCAUGGCCCAAAGGUUACAUGAGCGCCUUCAAGAAUGCAAUGGGGAUGAGGUUUUGAAGGCAGAAGCUGGUGCUAAAGUCCAGAAAUUUACAGAAUGGGCCCUGAAAUGCAUAGGUUUCCAUUCCCGUUGUCAGGGGAGUAGGGAUAGAGUAAGUCAUGGUUCAGCCGUUGAGAUCCAACUUCAGUUGUCAGCAUUCAAGACAUUUCUAGAUCUUGCUGGUAACCAGCUUACUGGGAAGGACUUCACUGAGGCCUUUGAUGCGGCUUGCUUUCCCCUCACCCUCUUCUCUAGUUCUUUUGAUCCUGGUUGGGCAUCUGGACUUUCGGUUACUGCAAUCCAAGGGUUGCUAGGAAUGUUGGUAGAAGGCGGUGCAGACAAUGUCAACCAGUGCUUUCUUGAAGCCUCACGUUUUGGGAGCACCGAGCUUGUCCGCAUCUUACUGCAGAUAGCCCAAAGAAACAGCUUGGAUGUGGAUGUUGACUUGGCUCUGGGCUUUGCUUCACACUACUGCAAGAUAGGAACCAUGGAGUGUCUUGUUGAAGAGGGUAAUGCUAUUGCUUUUUUGGGCCCUUUGAUGAGAGCUGCAGAGAGAGGAUGCAUGCAGGUUGUACAAUGGUUUGUCCAAAGAGGAUGCCGGGACAUGGAGCUUUGCCUUGCACUGACUGCAGCCACCUCCAGCAGUCAAGUAGGAAUUGCUGCAUACCUUCUUCCUCAUGUUCCCCAGCAUGUCCUUGCUGCCCUCAGCAUUGAGAUUCUUAAAGCUGCUGGGGAGCGAAGUGGCGGGUCACUUGAUGGUGUUGCUUUCCUCCUCCGUUCUGACUUCCUGGGUGACCCAGCUGCAACCUAUGCUGUUGCGGACAACAUUGCAAGGUCAGAAGAUGAAGCUGUCGCUCCAGAUCUGAAGGCCUUCCUGCGGGAACAUUGGUCGGAGGCAGCAUUCUUGGAUGGGUUGAGAUGUGAGCAAGAUCACUAUGUGAAUGUGAUGAGGAUCUUGAACUGGGGUGGGUCUCCCAUGUGUCUGAGAGAUCUCCCGGGCCCGCUGAAGGUAGCCAUUACAUACUUGCCACUGUACAGGGAGUGUUUGAAGGCAGGUGGGCGUUUGUUUUCACAGCGGUUAAGGGGCCAACUUUUGGAAGCUGCAAGGAGGCUGGGUGGUGGGCCGGUGGAUGAGGCAAGUCAGGGAAGAGAACUCCUGGCUGUUUUGGAGCAUCAUCUACCCCCAUUUUUGCUUGCUGCGCCAAAUGUUGCUUGAUACAUGAAUUUAUUCAUCAAUUUUCGCUUCUUUUCCAAUAUAUAUCUCAAUAAAAAUCGUAUUAAUAUUUAGAAGGGUUUUAAUGUGACAAUCUGGCAAGCUGUCUGAUUCUUCUGGUCA